UUUUUGCUUUCCUCGUCAUCAAUUUCAAUCUCUUGGUCUCUCACCCUUUCAUUCUGCACCAAGAUUUGUACUACUAGUUUAGUACUAUAAAUUUUCAUCAUUAUAGCUCCACAUCUACUAGUAGCUAAAAUAUAAAAAAGAGUUGGGUAUUUCAUAUAUCUAGACUAAGGUUGGUUUUUUAUGGUUAAUGGUGUUUGGGAAAUUAUGGCUGUGGAGUUAAUGAUGGGAUAUGGGGGUGAUAGUUUUGCAGGGAAAAGUAGUGAAGAGAACGCUUUGGCUGUAAAAGAAGCAGCCUCAGCUGGGAUUCAAAGCGUUGAGAAGCUGAUGCGAUUGAUUUCUCAAGAGCAAGCUUCAAUGGAAGUUGGUGCUGUUGCUGAUGUAGCUGUGGACAAGUUCAAGAGGGUGAUUUCUUUGCUAGAUAGGAAGAGACUUGGCCAUGCUCGUUUUCGAAGAGCUCCUGCGGGUGCUAGUCCUCAACAGAAACAAGAAAACCAAGAGGUUCAAGAACCAGGACCAAGUAAUAUACCAAUCCCACAUCGGCAAAAAUUAGAACCUGUUUCUGCUUUCAAGGUUUAUUGUCCAACUCCCACACCAAUUUCUAGGCUUCCUCCUUUACCAAAUAGUCACACCCAUGUACACCAACAACCUCUUGGUCUUAUGGUAGCAAAAGCUGGAUCUUUGGAGAGAAAAGAUGGGGCUAAUAGUAUAAGUUUUUGUUCUUCACCACCAAUUUCAGCUGGGAAUUCUUUUGUUUCAAGUUUAACAGGGGACACUGAGAGUUUACAGCCUUCUUUGUCUUCUGGAUUCCAAAUUACAAACCUGUCACAGGUUUCCUCUGUGGGAAAGCCACCUCUGUCUUUGAAGAGGAGGUGUAGUUCGAUGGAUGAUGGUGCACUCAAGUGUGGCUCAUCUUCUGGGAGAUGUCACUGUUCCAAGAAAAGGAAAUCUAAAAUAAAGAGAGUGACAAGAGUCCCUGCAAUUAGCCCAAAAAUGGCUGAUAUUCCACCCGAUGAGUAUUCAUGGAGAAAGUAUGGCCAGAAACCAAUCAAAGGUUCUCCACAUCCAAGGGGAUACUACAAAUGUAGUAGCUUGAGAGGCUGCCCUGCACGCAAACAUGUGGAGCGAGCUUUGGAUGAUCCAACGAUGCUGAUUGUCACCUAUGAGGGUGAUCACAAUCACUCCCACACUAUCACAGAAGCAAACACAGCUCUUGUCCUCGAAUCAUCCUAGUCCACUCGUCCAACAAGCUCAAAACAAAGAGUAGUGGAUAAAGUCUAGAGAUUGUCAACGUUGAGACUUUGGCUUUGUGUAAUUGUGUAGAAGAAGAUUUAGUGGAUAAUGGGUAUAUGCUAGUUUCUUAUACAAAAUAGGAUUCCUUGGUUUUUCUUUUCUCUUUUUUUAUUAUUUUAUUUUGCUCGGUUGAAGACUUUGUUUAGAUAAAGGAAAAGAAGUAGGAAAGCUUAAAAUGGUGGAUUUGGUGGGAGUUGAAUCAUAUGCAAGUGGUAGCUCUUUUUUUAAA